CGUAUAGUUUUUUUUUUUGUUUUUACUAAAAUAUGUUUACCUAUCGUAGUGGACAAUAUUCUCUACAACAUAAUAAUAAUGAUGUUGAUAAAUCGAUGGAAAAAAAUCCAAAAAUCGAAUCAUCAUCAAUAAUUCUAACAGAAAAUCAUAAUAAUCAUAAUCAUAAUCAUAAUAAAAAUGAAUAUCAUCAACGUGAAAUUAUUAAAGAAUCAAUUGUAAAUUAUUUAACUAUUGGUUGUGAUGAAAUGGAUGAUGAAAUUGAAAAAAAUUGGGAAAAAUGUCGUCUAGUUUUAGUUCGUACAGAAAACGAUAUAAUGUUGGAAUUUUUUCCACCAGAUAAUAAAUCAAUUCAACCUAAAUCCGGUCUUUUAUGUAAUAUGUUGGAUGAAAUUCGUCAAACUAAACCAUUGGAAAUGCCCGAACGACCAUAUACAGCACUUCUUCGUGUAAGUUCGAAGUAUUCUCGUUCUGAAUCAUCCGAAAUUGUUAUGAAUGGUGGUAAAGAAUGGUCAGGUGUUUUUCUAAUACGAAAAAGUCAAACACAUUUUGGUGAAUGUGUUCUUACAUUCAAUUAUUUAGGUAAACAGGCUAAACAUUUUCGUAUAAUAAUCAAAGGACCAAAAAGUGAAUGUCAAAUUGAACGUUUAUGUUUUCGUUCAAUUAUUGAUUUAAUAGAAUAUUUUCGUAAAAAUCCAAUACCAUUACGACAUCAAACUGAUCAAGAACCGGCAAUUGUUUUAACUUCAUUCGUCAUAUUUGAAGAUAAUAAAUUCGAUAAAUAUAACCAAGAUAAUCGUCAAAGUAGUUUCUUUAAUCGACGUUCAUUUAUUCAUCUUAUGGAUAAUGCUAGAUGGUUAACAUCAUCAUCAUCAUCAUCAUUAUCAUCAUCAACAAAACAAUCGAUCAAUGUAGAUAAAAAUCCCCAGAUAUCCAAUGAAUCCGUAAGAUUGACACGUGAUCAAUUAAUUUUGAUUUGAUUUGACUUGAAUGUUUUUUGAAAAUAAUCAAUAAUAAUAAUAAAGGUAU